CUCGCAUGCACGCUUGCUUCAUGAUCCCACAAUCCAAAUAAAGUACCCAUCUUCCUAGUUUAGAAUACUCGCCCAACCAUAAGUCUAGCUCACACAGUUGCUUCUACUCUUCACUUUUUAUGCGCCACUAUCGCCGGCGAUUACCAGAUCUCUUCCCGCCGUGAAAUUCCCGGCCACCACCGUCCACGGUGUGGCAGUUGUUUGGGAGGAUCAAUUUUGGCGUCAUGCUUAUUGCUUGAGCCGUGAAAAAUCCAAAAAGAAAAAAAAAAAUCCCUUUAUCAAGAUGGCCAACAACACGGCUGGCCAUGAGAUAUGCCAGCUUACAUUCCUUUUCGAUUUCGAAACAGAGCUUGGUAAGGACCUCAGGGGUUUCUUGUACUUUCUGGCCCUUGGCUACUGUUUUGUUGGGCUUUCGGCCAUAACCGAUCGAUUUUUCCGGUCAAUGGAAACCGUGGUCAAGCAUAGCCGAGCUGUAGAGGAGAUUGAUCCCAGGACUAAAACCAAAGUCAUUAAGCACGUGAAAGUAUGGAAUUAUACAAUUGCUGACAUCACAUUGCUUGCUUUCGGUACAAGCUUCCCGCAGAUUUCGUUAGCCACGAUCGAUGCAAUAAGGAAUAUCGGAAGCUUGUAUGCCGGAGGUUUGGGCCCGGGAACACUCGUGGGCUCAGCUGCGUUUGAUCUAUUUCCGAUACAUGCAGUCUGUGUUGUUGUUCCUAAAGCUGGAGAACUCAAGAAGAUAUCUGAUAUUGGUGUUUGGCUUGUGGAACUUUUUUGGUCUUUUUGGGCAUAUAUCUGGCUGUACAUUAUAUUAGAGUCUGUGCUUUCUUGUGUAAUCCCGCAAUUCGGAGAUUUUCGUUAUAAGGUAGAAACAUUAAGCAUGAUAUCUACUUCUCAGGUGUGGACACCAAAUGUCAUUACACUUUGGGAAGCUUUUUUCACGGUGUUACAGUUUGGUAUGCUGCUUACUCAUGCCUAUGCUCAAGAUAAACGUUGGCCAUACGUGUCUAUUCCAUUGAAGAGAGAUGAAAGGCCGGAGGACUGGGUACCAGCAGAAACUGGCAAUAGGAUUCGUGAUAAGUAUUCCGAAUUAGUCGAAAUUGAUCCGGAUAGAAGCAGGGAUAUUGUCGACAUUUUCUCAAUCCAUUCUGGUAAUGCAGGUUAUAUGUAUGAAAGCUUGCCUAAUACUGACGUUACAGAAUCCUGUUCAGAACAACCUCGUGAAGACUUAACUGCACAGAAAGUUGAUCUGCCCUCAAUCUGGAAACAGCAGUUUAUUGAUGCUCUCACGUUAAAGAGGCCAAACUCAAGACAAUCAGGCAAUAAAUUAUUACGUGUAGCGAAAAACUUUUAUGAAUUGCUCAGUGCACCCUGGAGACUACUCUUUGCCUUUGUACCUCCGUAUCAAAUAGCUCAUGGAUGGAUAGCUUUCAUUUUCUCUUUAGCUUUCAUAAGCGGGAUAGCUUUCGUUGUCACCAAGCUUACGGAUCAAAUUAGCUGUGUUACAGGUAUUAAUCCGUAUGUGAUAGCAUUCACAGCUUUAGCUGCUGGAACAUCAUGGCCCGAUUUAGUGGCCAGCAAGAUUGCAGCCGAAAGGCAGCUGACUGCAGAUUCUGCUAUAGCUAACAUCACUUGCAGCAACUCAGUGAAUAUAUACAUUGGAAUUGGAGUGCCAUGGCUGAUCGACACGUUAUACAACUUCAUAGCGUACAAGAAGCCGUUGAGGAUAGAGAAUGCAAGAGGACUUAGCUUCUCAUUGCUCAUGUUUUUCGCCACAUCAGUUGGGUGUAUUGGGGUUUUGGUACUUAGACGGUACACAUUAGGAGGCGAGCUUGGAGGCCCAAAAGGUUGGGCAUGGGUUACUUGUGUUUUCUUCAUGCUCCUAUGGCUUAUCUUUGUCGUCUUGUCGUCUUUACGGGUUUCUCAUGUUAUUUGAAGUAGAGUGUAUGUGAUGGUGUGUGGCUUGUGUGAGUUGGGUUUAUAUAGUUCUCAAGUGAUGAGGCUAUUUGUUAUCUCAAGCAAGAAUUCAAGAUAUAGCAGAAAUGCAAUU